UUGAGGACAGUGUUGCCAUAGUGGCUACAUUUGUAGCCAUUUGGCUACAUUUAAAAUAUAAGGCUACAAAGCUACACUGCUUAUUAAAUGGCUACUAUUUCUUAAAAUUUUCAAAUUGACUUAAUUUUUUUUUCUUCUUUGUUAAAUUAUCGCAUCAUACUACUCAAUGCCACAAGAAAAUAUGACAAUUACAUUGUGAUCAUACCUUAAUUGCAUUGUAUAUAUAUGCAUGGUAGGUGUAAAUGUCACAAAUGUAAAAGUAGGGUUGGCAAACCAUCGAUGGUGAUAGUUUUAGUGACGAGCAACCAUCGAUAGUAUCGAUAGUGCCGUCGAUGGUUUGCCAACCCUGUGACAAAGUAUUUACAUGCAAAUGGUGGCUUGAUGAAGUUUGCUUUGAGUGUUUGUUGGCUGCUGAUACAUUGAUGAUGGAUAGAUUUAUAGUAAAAAAGUCACGGAUUGAUAAACAAAAGGAAAAUGAAGAAAACUUUACUGAAGAAGACAUUACUGAAGAAGAAGACCAAGGAAAUAACAAUGAGCCUAAAAAGAGCAAAAGAACGAGAAAGUUCAGAACUGAGUGGCUGAAAAAGUUCCCGUGGCUGGAAAACAAAAAUGGUCUCGCUUUUUGCAAAGCGUGCAACAAGAACUCUUUAAAUAUAUUGUCACAUCUUAACAGACACGCCAGUUGUUCUUCUCAUGUACAAAAUAUGGAAACCAAAAAGAGUCAAUUAUCGAUGGAGACAUUUUUGGAUACCGAAAAAGAGCAGAUGAGCAAAAAGGUUCAAUAUGCAGAAUUUACACUCGUCAUGUUUCUUAUAACGCACAACUUGCCGUUUUUAUUAAUGGAUGUUUUACCUGCUCUGUUAGCUGAAUGUUGCCCGGACUCUGAAGUGGCCAAACGUUUGCAAAUUGCCAGAACUAAAGCAACAAACAUAACCAAGGAAAUUGCUAGCAAAACAACAUCCGAGCUUGUUUCAACGUUAAAGAACUGUAAGUUUUCAAUAAUCAUUGACGAAACCACGGAUAUCUCAAUUAAAAAAUGUCUGGUAAUGGUCGUGAGAUACGUUGUGAACUUUAUUGCAAAGGAUCGAUUUUUAGCACUUAUUGAGCUACCAAAGUGUGAUUCAGCUUCAGUAUUUGGAGCAGUAAAAAAGUUUUUGUUAGACAACAAUAUUCCGCUAAAAAAUAUUAUAGGUAUGGCAACAGAUGGUGCAAGUGUCAUGGCCGGCCAUUUAUCUGGCGUAAAAGCGUUACUGGAGUCAGAAACAAAUAUUUUUUAUUUGAAAUGUACUUGCCAUUCUUUGCAUUUGUGUGUGAGUUAUGCCACUAAAAAAAUACCCGAAGAUGUCAAUUGGUUAUGUCGAAAUAUAUAUAGCUUCUUUUCGCAUAGCCCUAAACGAGUUCAUGACUUUAAGGAAUUUCAGGAGUAUUGCUCCGUGAAACCACAUAAAAUAUUAGGUGUUUGUCAAACACGAUGGCUGUCUUUAGAGGGAGUUGUUUCCCGAAUAAAUGAGCAAUGGGACGCCUUAAAAUUCUUUUUUAUUUAUGCAAAAUUAGAAGUCAAUGCAAUUCGAUCAAACCAAUUGGCUGAAAAAAUGGAAGAUAAUAAAACAAAAUCCUAUUUCCUAUUUCUUUCGUAUGCGUUGCCUUUGAUUAACAAUUUGAACAAAGAGUUUCAGUCAGAAAAAAGUCGUCUUCCAUAUCUCUAUUCGAGUAUGAAAUCAUAUUUCUUGUUAAUUUUAAAUAAUUUUAUUGCAAAGAACAAAGAACUUCACGUCAAUAUUAACUAUAAAAGCACUUGUAAUCAUAUUGAACUACCAAAAAUAUUUAUUGGUACAAAAGCAGAAGUUCUAUUAAAAAAAAAGGCAACAGCUGAUGAAAUAAAUGAAGUGAAAGGUAACAUUCUGGCAUUUUACAUAGAGCUUUUAGAUCAAAUCAAAUUAAGAUUUGAUUUCUCCAGGAAGGAUUUAGAACUUUUAAAAUUAAUAACACCUGAGGAGGUGAUGUCAGCAAAUGACAAUAAUAUUUUAGAUUUAGUUUUGGAAUAUGCAGACUUAUUUGAAUGUGAAUGUGAUAAAAUCAUUACCCAAUGGACUUUAUUUAAAUUAAGUAAUCACAAUUUAAAUAGUAAUUUGGAUAUUGACUUAUUUUGGGAGAAAGUCGCUUCCAUGAAAGAUGGACUGGGCGACUUAAAAUUUCCAGAUCUAAGUGGCUUUGUAUUUAAUUUAUUGUCAUUGCCUCACAGUUCUGCAGUGGCAGAGAGAAAAUUCUCUUCUCUUAAAUUAAUUAAAACCAGCACUAGAAAUAAGUUGGAAGUAAGUACUUUACAUGCGAUAAUGACCUGUAAAGAACUAACGAAUAGAAAUAUUGUUUGGUCAGCAAAAAAAGAUUUUCAUUAUUUUUACAACUUUGUCAAUUAAA